CCUUCCCCAUGAUGCUGGGAGAGUUCCAGUUAGGAGGAAAUACCUUGUUCGAAAACAUCGACCCAAAGAGACAAAGAAGAAGUCACGUUUCCUCGUAGCGUAUCCUGCUUUCCCAAAGGCACCCAGGGAACCGCUGAGUUUUUCUGGACCAGGACUGUUUGAUGGCUGUGGAGAGAUUCUCCCCCAUCACAUUUUGGGAAGUCUCCAGGAGUUCAAGAUGGAAGCCUUGGCCAGAGGAAACACUCAGAUAGUGGAUUUUACUGAGGUUUCUCAUCAAGAUGUUACCGCAGCAGCUUUAAAAGAGGAACAUGGAGGAGAGAAGAAGAAAAAGGUUCAUCAGACCCCACUAGCAGGGCACAAAGCUCUCCAGAACUGGCACCGUAAUAUGGCAAUCAGGAAAAAGCAGGAGAAGUAUCUAGGAGAAAUUCUUCAGAGGCCGGAGAAUGAAUUGCUGAUGAGCGUCUCAGAGGAUUACAGGCAAAUCCAGGAAGAACGUGACCUCAUUGACCGGAGUCUCCCUGCCCUGCUUCCUGGAAAGGGCUACCGAAGAGGAAGCGAGUUCUGGAGCCAGCCCGAGCGUAUUGGAGAUGAACUCACUGGCCUGACGAUGACACUGACUCAGAGAGAACGUGGCUACCCAGAGCCAGUUACUCACGUGGGGAAACCCCACACUGUCCGGAUGGAAACUGGUCUGAAGCCUCCGAAGAAGAUCCCUUUCCAUCUAACCUGGGAUAAGAGUCUUUUCCUGAAGCAUCGACUGCAGGAGCUAAAAUCUGUCCUAGAGGAGCUAGAUUUUUAUAAGCCGGAUCUGGAUGGACUGGAGGUGAUCGGUAAAGGGCAGCCUUUCACAUCUGUCUCAACAGAGCCUUUUCCACGUUCCACCACUUCUGAAGAGUCUGAGUCCCUCAGUGACUCCUUAAGGGACUACCCUGAUGUGGUUCCAGAAGCGGUAGUGGGUCCAUCUUUAUAUUUCUGUGGCCAGCCUGCUCGUUGGAUCAACUGCACCACUCCUUGCAGGGAUGAAAUUGGCAUUGCUGCCCGGCUCACCUUUGAGACUUUGGCUGGUGAGAAAGCUGAAAGCUCCCUGACGGUGAGCAGUGAUGGCACAACUGCCGUCUGGUAUAACUGGGUGAGGCUUCCCCAGCAGAUUCCCUCCAGAGAAACCAAGGGGCAGAGGAUGCAGUGUUUUUACUUUGAUACCAGACCAGGGGUAAUUUUGCCCGGGGAAACUAGGAAGUUUUCCUUUCUUUUCAAGUCAGAGAGAGCAGGCAUUUUCAGCGAGUCCUGGGAAUUUAGGACACAUCCUCUGUUAUUAGGAGGAGCUCUGCUGCAGGUGACCCUUUGGGGAAUUGCUGUGUAUGAGGAUAAAUUGGCUGACCUCAGAGAGAAGCUGGAGAGUGACCUGGCUGCUCAAGAAGGUGCUACUAUAGUAGAAGAGAGUCUGAAGGAACUUCUUGUCCGAAUUCGGACCCCAGAGCGCACCGCAUCUCCUGUGGGUGCCUAUGCCACAGAGGAAGAGUUGUUCCACCAGAAGAAUCCGGAGUUGCAUUAUCAGCAUCGAGUGGUAAAGCAGCUGCAUGAACUAUGGAGGCAGCACAUGACUGUUCCUUCAGCCUUUGAGGAGAAAGUGCCCUCGGGCCAGAAGAGGACUGCGGAGGACGUGCAGUACCAGGAGAGUACCUCAGAGGCUCUCCCUGCUCAGAGCAGCACCACAGGGGUCCCAGGUUGGAAGAACACACUUGAGGAGGCUCCGAGUCAAAUGACGAAUGUGGAGGGGGAAGAACUAUGCCCCUCAGGAUGGAACUUCUCCUUUGAGGACUUUAAGCAGGCUAUAAAGUCAAUCCCCAAGGAGGAGCAGCGAGAAGAAGCACUGACCCAGCUCAAUAAGGCAGCGCUGGAGCUGUGUGUUGAACAGAGGCCAACUCAGUCAGACCUUUUGUAUCAAACCUGUCUCCAGCUGUGGCGUGAAACAAUUGAUGGUCUGGUGAGUCACUCUCUGAAGCUGAGAUCCCUGCUUGGCUUGCCUGAGAAGGAUGCCUAUGUAGAUGUUGUUCCAGAGGAAACGGUGGAAGUAAAGCAACUUAUAAAAGGAGGAAAGGGAGACAGAAUAACCAUUAGGAAAGAAGAGAGAAGGUCAUUUGGUGGUAAGGAUAAAGAAGGCAAAAAAAGAACCACAAAGACAGCAGAGAAAGAGGAACGUCCAAGCAGCAGAAAGUUAAAAGAUGAGAAAAAGCUGAAAUCUUCCACUUCAUCGCAGGAGUUGAAAGAGGGAGCACAGCUCGUGGAAGCUGUACCUACAGAUAGAGUGGAACCUCCCCAGGAGCAGGUGGACCCUAUUUUGUUUGGGACAUACCAGGAGAAACUUUAUAUUGAAGUUUAUGGGCUGCUGGAUUCAAUGGUGAGCAAAAUGGUUUCUUUAUUUGAGGAACUAAAGAAAAAAGAUGCUCUAAAGUGGGAGAGCGAAGCCCUUUGUAACUAGAAAUAAACUUACUUUUAAAAAAUAAAUAACCAUAU